CCCAAGGCAGACAGAGCACACCGAGCACCCAGCAGACAGUGCUGCACAGACCAAGAGUAAAGUUUAACAGAGCUACUCAACAACUAAACCACUUCUCCAAGUAAGUACAGAGAAUCUAAUGAAUCUUUACAAUUUUCUCAAUGGACGCUCUUCAAAAUAUCAAACCAGAUUUCCGUUUUAAUCUGUUCCUGCACAAUCCAUUGAUCUAAAUAUGGAAACAUGUCUAUGAGAGAUUUUCCAGGUAUCAGCAUUUUCUUUCAGUAAUGGUCCCUUGAUCCCACCACGUGAACUCUGGUCUCUGUCUGGACCCCUGGGGCUGAAGGCAAUAAUGCUGGAUACAGAGGGCCAGUGGUCCGAGGCGUUAGCCAGCAACAACGUAAGGGCCAUCAUCCGCUGGCUACGGAAGCUUACAGAUGAAGGUGAAGUACACAUGGAGGGAAUCCUACUGACUUUCAGUUGCUGGGUGCAAAGGACAUCAGAGUUUGCUAAAAAGGAGUUGUUAACCCUAUGUUUCAGCCGCUGCCAGGGUCUGUGGAUGUUUUUGGACCGGAGCUCUUUCACCAGAGUGCACAUGCUGCUCCAGAGACUGAGAAACUUGCUCACCUUGGCCCAGUGGGCAAGAAAGCAACUCAGUUCAGCCCACCUUUGGCAUGGUGUGGGUGUCCCAUGCGUGGUGUGCAGGGAUACAUUUUGCUCCUCAGACGUCAGAUGUGGCUGCUGGAACCGAGAGCACAGGGCUCUAAAGCAGCACAUCUGGCUGGGACGGCUGGUUCAGUGGUGGGGCAUCAUGGGGCUUCUGCCCAAGUCCCCUGAGGCUCAGGAAGUGAAGCGUAUCUCUCAGAUGUGGAAGGAAAUGGGUCACAGCCAUCGGAAAGCUUGUCUCGAGACACCUGGAAGAGAGGAGGGAGAAAUGGGAAGAGUCAGGUCUUUGAUACAGGGGAUGGUGACUGAGCUGGACAGACAACAUGGGUGCAUUUGGACUUCUGAAGACCGCAUAGACCCAUGCUAUCCUCCUCCUAAUCUACAGGCCCUGCUGAAGCUUGUGCUGGUGCCUCGUAUCGACAACAUGUCUGUCCAAGCACUUCUCAUGUACUUUGUCCUGGAUAUGGCGAACUUUCUGCAGUGCAAAGACGACCUCCUCAAGUCUUUCUGCCAUGCCUUCACUAUUCCCUCCAACUUUUCCCAACAAAUAAGGGCCUUCUGGAUGAUUGAUCAUGGACACAGCAAGGCCUCCAUGGAGCUAUUACUGAGCCCCAGAGCUGCUCUUCCCUUGCUCUCCUGGCAGCAUCGUUGCAUCAUCCACUGUCUGCUAAUGAGGAAGCAGCCUCAGUUGGCGUUAAGGUACCUCCACUGGACCAGACCUGCAAUAGAGAGCGUUGGGGAUGCCAAGCUCUGUGCGGAUGUGCUAUUUCAAAACAGCUGUGGUUCCGAAGCCUGGGCUCUGCUGAAGAGAGGCCACACAGAAAGCAAUGACUUGGUCAUGUACUUCGACCAGGUUUGUAAAGGAUUUGGUCUGUGUACGGAGGUUUUUAAGUACAUCCCUAAAGGGUUCAAUGAUGAAGGAAAAAGUGUAAAUGGGAUUGAUACUACAACGAUGAACAAAAGAAGGCCACCCUGCCCACUGUCUGCCAAACUGUAUCAGGUUCAGAAAGUCAACACAGUGUCCCCUGAGGAACUGGUCCAACUUGUCAGAAAGGCUGUGAUGGAAGUGAGAAAACCACAUCCCAAGAUAAGUGAGGUGGUGUGGCCAGAGCACACAGAGAAAAAAUCAAACAGCAGAGAGAUGUUUCUGUCAACCCAGGCUCUGCGUCACCUCAUGCCCAGCCCCUCCCCAAUGGACAUGGUAGAAGAAACUGAGCAAACAGCACACACAGAUGAACCAGAAGAAGGACGGCCUAUUCAAAAUCAACCUGAGUCACCAGACCACAUUUCUUCUUCGGAGGAUCUGAGCCCUGAGUCUGUCUCCUCCUUCACCUCAGCCUCCUCUUUGCCUCUGUUGAGACGUGAACGCCCUUAUUUGUAUGAAAGUACCUUGACUCUGCAGAGGAUCUCUUAUCUACUCACUGAUGGAGAGGACCAAAGCAGGGAAGAGGAAGACGAAGAGGAAGACAGCAGAACCCCUUCAUCAGUUGACCACUUCCCAGAUUGCCCUGAGCUGCCAGCGACACUAGAUGGCGCCACAGAACCCAUUUUCCUCAGCAACCUGAACAAAGACACUUUGGUAGAGCUGAUGCUGUCUGCAGAGGAUGGAGAAGAAGAUCUUAACACAGAUGUUUUCUCAAGUGAGGACUUUCUCAGUGUUGAUCCAGUUUCAGGAGCUACCAUGAACAAAACCCUUUCUGUAAAUAAGAGAAUGAAUCUUCCUCAGUUGCUCUACAGCAAUGACGACAGCCAAUCAGUGCUGUAUCUCUUUGAACCCCAGGUGGAGAGUCAAAGCUUCUUCUCACCUGACACUGAUGUCACUGAUAUGUGGAGCUCUGCAGUGUCACUCGACCAGAAAGAAAAAUCUGAUUGCAUCCCUUAUGAGACUUUCAGUUUUAGUGAAGCAGUCACAUCUGACUGUUUCCUGGUGGAAGAACAUCAUCAGGAGCUGCUGACUGCCCCUAACCAGAACCUUCAGUCAGAGGAUCCUGUAGCCACUGACACAGCAGGGAUGGGUCAGCGGGACAUCUCAUUCCUCACCCCCGGGUGCAGCUCUAUCUGCCCUGAACAGCAGAUCUCUGGUCACUCUCUGACCCCCAUCCCAACCUGCAACAUUAAAACCACCUUUGCUCCUUUUGAAACCUCCAAUGAGAGCCCCCUCAAAACCCAAUUAAAGAAGGAUGAACCUUGUGUCCAGAGCACCACAGCCUGGCUGGAUCAUAGCAAAGGGGUCAACUGGUGUAAACAGGACCUGGAAACCCGUAGAGCUGCCAUUGGCCAUCUACCUACUACAGAACCCGGAGCAGCUAUCACACCAGAUUACAAGAAGCCUUCACUUGUACUGAGCCAACCAUAUUCCUACAGUCUGGUCAACUUUAUGGACUUCACUGCAAAGCAAAAAGGAGACAACAGAGGUGGCAAACAGGCAGACAAUGAGGAGCCCGCAGGUUGGAGUAGUUUGGGGAGGGGUUCACAAGGUGCCAUAAGAAGUGGGAGAGCACGAUUAAGGAAAGGAAAACGAGUGAAGAGAGCCUGAGGAUUUAGUACAUCUAUGAAGCACAGGAAUGCGAGUGGAGGACUGAACUAAAUGAGAAAUAUAUUCUCUAAAUCUUUGAACAUGAUGUAUCUUUCUUUUGAUGCAGAAAUACAUUUUGAAUCCAAAUCUGUAUAUUUGAUCUAUUAACUCAAGGCAAUACCAUAAGGAUGAACUCACACCUGAUUAUACAGUAGGCUUGAUGAUCGCCACAUAGACUUUUCACCUUGACAUGAUCUCCCCCUUCUCAUCAAUCAACUGGUCAGAUUGUUCUGAUGCUUGCCACUGCUGCUGCUAUCAGCAGCCUUUCCCACCCAGUGAUAUUGUCCUGCCACACCCUUUUUCUUCCACUGUAAUACCACGUGUCAGAAACACUCACUCAAUAAUGAAUUUCUCAGGAAUUAUUGAUAGACAUAAAUUAUUGAAUAUUUUGCUAAUUAAAACUCCAG